AUGUUGGUAAUAUUCGUUAUACUUUUAAUGUGCCGUCUAUCUCUGUGCUUUAAUGAAUCUAGCAUCCUCUUUCAAGAAGUGAAGGAAUAUCACCGGGACGCGUGGUUGAAAGCCGAAUAUGCUUACGAAGUGGUGAACAUCAUGUACAACUCCUUCCGCCAAUGGUACUUCACGGUAACAUUUUGUGAGUUCACUUACUUUGAAAACAGAAUCCUAAAGUACACAGAACAAUAUGGCUACGGAUACAACGUCAUGCUUCUAAGUGGCUGUCCGUACUCUAACAACAGUUUUGUGAAACCACGGCACAAUAGGCACGGGGAGACAGCCUACUUGGUUACAUCAAACGACCUGUCUCUCGAUGUAAGUGAAACCGUUAUCGCUGCCUUAAAGAGAACCGGCAUUUUCAAACCAAGGAGUGCUGUCAUUUUUGUCAUAAAGAAUGUCCUUGAAUUAGACAAUUACUUCUACCACGCACUAAGUAACCAUUUUCAAAUGCUUUGGAGCAGCAGCGUCACCAAUUCGGUAUUGAUAUUGAAAACAGAUCGAUUGAGGAUGUACUCUUACAAUCCCUUCUUUCAAGAAAUCAAAGACAUUACAAAUGUAAGGGAUGUAAGUAAGUUGCUCUCUAAGCAAUAUAACAAUCUCUACGGAUAUGGUCUACGAUUAAGCGUCUUCAGAAAAGUCUAUGUAUCCGAUAGAACUGGACCAGUUCGGUGUGACUCGUAUCUUGCUCAAACUGUUAUGAAAUUCUUAAAUGCGUCUUGUUAUCCCUUGCCUCCGAGGGAUGGAAGUACGGUUGGUGAUCUGCUGGAGAACGGAACCGCAACAGGGGUUACCUCUGAUCUAAUCGAUGGCUACACUGACCUAGAAUUGAAUUCACGAAUUCUCAAAAAUACUUACUACGGAUAUAUUGAUACCACGUAUCCUUUGGACCAAGAUGAGUUAUGUUUCCUGGUCAAGAAAUCAGAUACCCAAUCGACAUUCAAAACGACGAUAAAUCUGAUAUCCAUGGAGAUGCUUCUAUUGUUUUUCUUUACCUUCACUGUUUUCAUUACUAUAACGAUAUUAGUAAGAAAAGCAGAAAAUAAUCUACUGAACCUAAAUGACGAACGAAGAGCUGAAGACACGUUGAUAGAUCUCAUAAAGUGUUUCAUAAGACAAACGAUGGAUUUUGAUUUCAUGGGUCCAGUGUUCAGGAGCUUGGUAUUGCUCAUAAUCAUCUACUCCUUGAUCAUCGACUGCGCCAUUGAUGGCAUUAUAACUUCGGCGAUAACCUAUCCGCGCUACAAGCCAGACAUUGAGACAAUGGCUCAAUUAGGAGCGUCAAAUUUAACAUUUGGUAUACACAAUCGUGAUUUAAAGAUCUUCAACAGCAGCCUUUCAACAGAUUACUAUGAAUUGAUAAAGAACCGUAUAGUACCAUUCAGUGAUAAAAAAAUUAGAGAGGUGCUGGACAAAAGAGAGUACCAGUAUGCUACUUUAUUGAGAAAAUCUGAUUCACAAUACGUGAGCAGAAAAGUAUCAAAUAUGCGAAAAGGAAAACCUCUAUUUUACACCGUUCCUGAUUGUCCCCUUCCCUGUUUUAUCGUAUAUGGACUACGAUAUGGAAGUCCUUAUCUCAACCGACUAAACUACAUAAUACACCAUCUGUUUCAAGCAGGUAUUUUACAGUAUUGGAGCAAAACCGAAGAAUUGAACGCCGAUCGCAGUCGGCUAGGAGCAAUAGAGAAUAAAGACAGAAAGCCUUUGAAUAUCAAAAAUCUUCAAGAAAUGUUCUACAUGUUGGCUAUUGGGGAAUUAAUCAGCACUUUAGUAUUUAUCUUUGAAAUAUUGUAUCACAAGUAUCAUAAGAAACAAUAA